UGUUAAUUGAUGACUGUUGUAUAAAGAAUGUUCUUUGAUGAUAUCAUCGUUGCUGAUUAGUUCAUUUCCUAUAAAUCGACAUCUAUAUCUUAGUAUUUGUCAUAGUAUUUGUUAUAGUGACAUUACAUUAGAUAUUACAAUUUAAAAUUUCAAAUAAAAUUUAAUUUAUACUUAUAUAAAUAGCAGUUAAGAAAAUAAUUUACAAAAUGACUGAUCAGUUUGGUCCUAUUACUCUUAAAUGGGACCCGAAAAAUCUAGAAAUACGUACCAUGUCUGUAGAGAAAACUUUAGAACCUUUAGUAUUACAAGUCACUACUUUGGUAAAUACAAAAGGUACUUCACGUAAAAAAAAAGGACGUUCAAAAAGAGCUCAUGUUCUAGUUGCUGCUGUAGAAAAAGCUACUGAGAAUUUUAUUGAAGUUGGUGAACAAAUUGCUUAUGAAAAUCCUGAUAUAAAACAAGAAAUGUUAGCUGCAGUUGAAGAAGUUCGAAAAACAGGUGAUGCUAUGAGUAUUGCUGCUAGAGAAUUCGCUGAAGACCCUUGUGCUUCAGCCAAACGUAGUAAUAUGGUACGAGCUGCAAGAAAUCUAUUAUCAGCUGUAACACGUCUACUUAUACUUGCCGAUAUGGUUGAUGUACAUUUAUUAUUAAAGUCCUUAAGAGUUGUUGAAGAUGAUUUAGAGAAAGUUAAAAAUGCUUCGAGUCAGGCAGAACUCCUUGACAAUAUUAAAGUCUUUGGUCGUAGUGCAAGUGAACUUAUGAGUCAAGCUGCAAAACGUCAACAAGAAUUAAAAGAUCCACAACUACGAGAUGAUCUAGCAGCUGCCCGUGCAAUUUUAAAAAAACAUUCCACAAUGCUGUUAACUGCUUCUAAAGUUUAUGUAAGACAUCCAGAGCUUGCAGCAGCUAAAGCUAAUCGUGAUUUUGUGUUGAAACAAGUUUGUGAAGCUGUAAAUACUAUAAGUGAUGUUGCUCAAGGUCGAUCUGCAGCAAUGAAUGAUAAUGGCAAUCAAAUUUAUGAUGGCCCUGGAGAACUGGCUGCUGCACUUGAUGAUUUUGAUGAAAGAAUGGUAAUGGAUCCUCUUGUUUAUAAUGAAGUACGGACACGUCCAUCAUUAGAAGAACGACUUGAAAGUAUUAUCAGUGGAGCUGCAUUGAUGGCUGAUUCUUCAUGCACGCGUGAUGAACGUAGAGAAAGAAUUGUUGCAGAAUGCAAUGCUGUACGUCAAGCUUUGCAAGAUUUGCUCUCUGAAUAUAUGUCCAAUCAACUGCAACUCCAAAGGGUCGGAAAAAGGAUGAGUGUUAAAGAAACUAGUGAAGGAUUGGAACGAGCAAUUGAUCAUAUGUGUCGUAAAACUAGAGAUUUAAGACGUCAAUUACGUAAAGCUGUUGUUGAUCAUGUAUCUGAUAGCUUCCUAGAGACUAGUGUUCCAUUACUUGUACUAAUUGAAGCAGCUCAUUCAGGUGAUGAGAAAGAAGUUGAAGAAUGUGCUCUUGUUUUUACUGAACAUGCUAACAAACUCGUUGAAGUUGCUAAUCUUGCAUGUAGCAUGUCUAAUAAUGAAGAUGGUGUAAAAAUGGUACGAACUGCUGCUGCUCAGAUUGAAAACUUAUGUCCCCAAGUAAUAAAUGCUGCUAGAGUUUUAGCUGUUCGACCACGCUCGAAAUUAGCACUUGAUAAUAUGGAUGUCUUCAGGGAUGCAUGGCAAGCUCAAGUUCGUUUACUAACUGAAGCUGUUGAUGAUAUAACAACAAUUGAUGACUUUUUAGCUGUUUCAGAAAGUCAUAUAUUGGAGGAUGUCAAUAAAUGUGUUCUUGCACUUCAAGAAGGAUCUGCUGACCCAUUAGAUAGAACUGCUGGAGCAAUUAGAGGUCGUUCAGCUAGAGUUUGUAAUGUAGUGGCUGCUGAAAUGGAUAAUUAUGAACCUGGUAUUUACACAGAACGUGUUUUAGAAGCAAUUAAGGUAUUACGUGAUCAAGUUAUGCCCAACUUUGCUCAACGUGUUGAGUUGGCUGUAGAUGCAUUAUCAACAAAUCCUCCAAAAGAAGUGGACGAAAAUGAUUUUAUUGAUGCUUCAAGACUUGUUUAUGAUGGUGUAAGAGAAAUACGUCGUGCUGUUCUCAUGAAUAGGACGGAUGAAGAGUUAGAUCCCGAAGACAUAGAAUUUGAUGAACAUUAUACAGUUGAGACACGUAGUAGAUCCAGCGCUCAUACCGGGGAACCUUUAGAUGAAUACCCAGAUAUUAGUGGAAUUACAACAGCACGUGAGGCAAUGAGAAAGAUGACAGAGGAGGAUAAACAAAAAAUUGCUCAACAAGUUGAAUUCUUUAGAAGUGAAAAAUUGAAAUUUGACCGUGAAGUAGCAAAAUGGGAUGAUACAGGAAAUGACAUUAUUGUACUUGCUAAACAUAUGUGUAUGAUUAUGAUGGAAAUGACAGACUUUACACGGGGGCGUGGUCCUUUGAAAACUACUAUGGAUGUUAUAAAUGCUGCUAAAAAAAUUUCAGAAGCUGGAACAAAAUUAGAUAAACUUACUAGACAAAUUGCUGAUCAGUGUCCAGAAUCAUCAACAAAAAAAGAUUUAUUAGCUUAUUUACAAAGAAUUGCUUUGUAUUGUCAUCAGUUAAAUAUCACUUCUAAAGUUAAAGCUGAUGUGCAAAAUAUUAGUGGUGAACUUAUUGUAUCUGGAUUGGAUAGUGCAACAUCCUUAAUUCAAGCUGCUAAAAAUUUGAUGAAUGCAGUAGUUUUGACUGUUAAAUCCUCAUAUGUAGCCAGUACCAAAUAUCCUAGACAAGGAGCAGAUCUACAAAAACUUGUUGUUUGGAAAAUGAAAGCUCCCGAAAAGAAACCGCUUGUAAGGCCAGAAAAACCAGAAGAAGUUAGAGCCAAGGUAAGGAAAGGCUCUCAGAAGAAAGUACAAAAUCCAAUUAAAGCUUUGAGUGAAUUUCAAAGUGCUACUGAAUCAGUUUAAGUGUGUUAUAUUUAUUUAUAUAAUGUGUUUUUCUAAAUAUAAGUAUAUUCACUUGUAAUUUAAUCAACUAAAGGCCAAAUUACAAUUGAGUUAUGACAAACAUUUAAUAUUUGAAUUAUAAUAAACAAAAAUUCAAGUUUU